GAACUCAGUCGUCUACUGUUCAUACAUUUGUAUGCACUUUGACUGGCAAACUAAUUUUUUUUUUUUGAUAUUUAAAAGGAUAACUAGAAAAUAUUUUUUUAUUACUUAAAACUGUAAUUUAGAAUAAUUGUAAAUAGUUAAUAUUUAUUAGGUAAUUAAUCUGGUCAUGCUUAAGUUUAUUGUGUUUGUCUUACUAUGUCAAAUCUAUCUGUCAUCAACAGAAAAAGAAAAUGCUGAUUUUGAUUCAUCCAACCAAUGUUUACCAAAAUUGGCUGACUCUUGUUUUAAAGAACUAGCAGUUUCUUUAGCAUGUCAUGGAAAUGUUAAAUGUGAAGAUCCCGAACAAUUCUGCGAGUUAUUUGACGAUUCUUUGCAGUGUUCAGCCGAUAUUAUUGAUGGCGACUGUUCAAAAUCAGAUGGUAUAGACAGGUUCAAUUCAUGGCUCAAAGGUCUGCGAGCUGUUCAUUCUUACGCUUGUCUUCACACAUCACAAUUUAGAUUAAAUGCUACUUCAAGCUUGCUCAAUACUCAAUGUUUAAACCGCAAAGAAUUUAUUACUUGUGUUGGCGAAUUGUUGAACAUACAUCAUGUUGUUGAUUUACUCAAAACUGCGUUUGACUAUAAGGAAUGCAUUCGGACGAUUAUCUCAAUGUCUAAUUGCAAUGCUCAAUCACAAUCAUCUACGUGUAGCAAUUACAAUGGAGGGUUUCUAAAUGAUCUUAUAUAUGUUUUUUUUUCGGAACACAAGUGUAACUUCAUAGAGGAAAAUACUAAUUCUUCGUCGUUGAACGAGUCGAAUAAUAUUUUCUUAAUAUUAGCAAUUUUUUUUAUUUUAAUGAAAAAUUAUUAAUUAUGAAUUCUUAUUAUUUUUAAUAAUUUUGUACAGUAUCUAAAAAAAACAGAUACCCAUUAAAUGAGCAAUAAGUGUAUAAUUCUUAAAUAAUCAUUUUUUAUCCGAUUAUGCAUAAAUAACUACUACGCUGAGGUAGUUCCAAAAAUUAAUGAUUCUAAUGAGUAAUGAGGUAUUAGAGGAGGUAGUAGAUUUGUACUCCUUAUCGAAAGC